AGAUAGUCUGUCUUGGCUUUUACCAAAAAAAGCGAACGACUUCUCAUUUCCCUCGAACAUCCCAUUUUGCAUACCUUCGAUUUUCAAGACCUUUUUCCAAAUCUCAACGAUAACCCUUUUCCAUAUCCAUUUUUACGAGAACGACAGAUUUGGGUAAUGUUAAUUCGACGUGGACAAUACUCACCCCAUUCAUCUGAACGCGAAUUCCGAAUCAGAUCAAAACUUACCAUCCUACUUAUUGCUUUUAUAUUGUUCGGCUUCUUUGUCAGAAUGGAGGCAUCUCCCACUAAUCAGCAUGGUGUUCCCAUCCAAAUAUCCAUCUCAGACGUUACUCCAAUCGACAGCGGACCAUCAAGCCCACCAACCAUCAGCUUAAAAGUCACACUUCGUAACACCUCAGACAAACCUGUCUCCUUUCUUCGGUGGUCUACUCCCUUCGACCUACGAGGUGUUCCUAUGGGGAUAUUUAAAUUUCAAUCCGUCGCAAGUGGAGAAUUUGCUCCUUGUCUAGAGUUGAAACUCAAUCGAAAGACUCCAAGAGAAGGUGUUUUCUCGGAUGAUGAUAUAAUUUCCAUUGAUGCGGGUGCCGAGGAAUCGAAGACUAUCGAGAUAAAAGCUCCUGAGGUUGUGUUGGCAAGAGGAGAGAAGUAUGUGGUAAAUGCGAAAGGGUAUUGGAUGCAUGUGUUGAUCGGAGAGAGGGAGGAAGCCAAGAAAGUAGAUGCUAAGGUUUUAAGAGAGGAUUUUGAGAGUGAGGGUGUAGAUAUUGAAGUGUAAAUCAUGAGAUGAAGGAUUUUCAAGAAGUUUAACAUAAUCUGUUUCUGUCCGCCAUUUCAUCUUCUAAUGAAAAGCUCGUCGCCUGGUACUUCCUACUACUUACCCCCUCCCCUUUGAACGAUAAAAGAAGAUGGAUCAAUGAUAGUCGAA